GCAAUAGUCCAUUCCACUGAAUCAGAGCUGUGUGGCAAAGAAGGAGCCGGUUUCGCCGUAUCAUCCUGACCAGGUUUUACGGCGCAGUCACUGACACCUCCAUGAGGGCGUUACCGACCGGCUUGCCUCCAUAACAGCCACUAGGCAACCACCAAACCAGCAGGUCAGUCAACACUGAGUGCAAGUCAUCCUGACAACAUCAGUUUCUCUCAGACUCGGGGGCUGUAUAGUAUCCGGCUAGCCAGCUGUUAGCCUGCUGCUGCUGUCGCCGUCAGUGACACAGAGCUUUACUGUCACAUUUGAUCGCAACAGACGCUGAUUAGCAACUUGUUAGCUCGCUAGCAGAAAAACCCACAUGGAUCCUCAAAACACCAAUACGAACACUGAGGCGAGGGUGUUGUUGAGCCACGCUAAGACCCUCAGACUGCACACCGGGAAUCUAGUCAGCAGAAGCCGUCUGAAGAAGAAAUGUCCGGGGUCACCCAGCGAGGAGGUAAGAAAACACCUGCCAAAUAAGACACCAGUUUUCUGUCCACUGUAGUCAUUUGUGUUGGUCUGGUUUUAACAGAGUAUUAUAAGCUACUUAGCUUAGCCACAAAGUUAACUGCAGGCUACCCGGCUAAAUGUUUAACUUGCAAGCUAAUGACUCCACGGUGUGUUCAUUGAUAAUAAAGCAGGUGCUGCGUUAUAUAAAGUGUUCAUUGAGAGGUGUGUGACUUUACAAGGAGUUUUAAAUAGUAGUUUUGCUUCAUAGUAAACUGACAAGACUUUCCUGGCAUAGUUGAGUUGAGUUUAAGGUUUUAGGAAGGAGGCCAGUUUUAACAAUCUUUAUGAUCUUGCUGUAGGCGAAUAGUUAACUGACAGAGACAUGUGAAGAAUGACUGAGGUGAGAGUAAAACUACUGGGAGAGUUUUCUGCAGAUUAUGUAACAGACUAACAUUAUUGCUUACAUGCAUUUUUAUGGGCGUCUCAAUUUUAUGAAUUGAGAUUAAAACCUGUAAGAUUGACUGUUGUAGGAAUAAAGUUUUCAAUGUUUUAAACUGCAGCUGAAGGGGAGACAGAUGCUGAAACAGCCUUUGUUUACAGACUUCUGAGACCAAGAGUUGCAGGGAGGGAUAUGUUGAACUAGUUAAAGAAAGUAGGAUGUUAUUAUCAUAAAACCUGACACAUACUUGUAUAGGACAAAAUUAAUGAUUGAUUGAUUGAAGUUUAUGUUGGACAUACAAAAAAUAAAUAACAAUAAAAAAGUAAAGAAUACAACAACAAAUGACAAAGAGUUAUUCGAGUUCAAAAAGGAGUGGGAAGAAGUCGAGACUUAUCUAGUCCCACCCCUUAUUUACAUUAAUAGCUUACAAAUAUAUCAUUAUAUAAUAUUAAUUAUCAUAGUUAUAACAGCAAUUAAAGUGGAAAUAACCAAUAACAACAACAAAACAAUGAAAAUAAUGAUAAUAGUUACUAUGAAUGUACAUCCCUGUAUCCCGUGAAAACAUAUUAUUUAUAUUUUGUUUUAAACUGUUUUAUGUUUGGACAUUGUUUUAACUCCUCACCCAUACCCUUCCAUAGUCUCACCCCACAGGAUAGAAGGGGAUGAAAGGUUUAUGUGAGGGAUGAAAGGUACCACAAAUGGUCAGAUGACUGUUGUCCUCUGUCGGCAGGUGCAGUAAAGCAGCAUACUUGUAAAAUCGUUCAUGUAGUGUCGAAAUCAGGAAUCACUUUUCAGAAGGACUGACACAGAAAUGACAACGUCAGCUGGCUUGUUAGCGCAACAAUCUUAAGUCCAGAGAUAUUAGUUUUUAAAUAAUAAUACACUGUUGGGAAAUAUCUCAACUGUUAGUACUUGGCUGGAAAAUUGAUCGAACAUGUAAUCUGUCUUCACAGUGAAGCAGGAUUUGCUUUUGUUAUUUGAGUAAACCACUUAUUGUGCCUUUGGAUGUUAAUUGGUUUACAACUUAAUAAGAUUUGGUCAGAUUUUUUUUUGUUGUUUUGUGGGGGUUGAGGGAAUAACCUGUUUUGAGGUCAGCAGUGACCAGAGUCCUUCUUCACCUUACUUCAGUAUCAAGUAUCAAUGUAUCAAUGGGAAUUCGUAUACAUGUAACUCUCUGAUGAUAGACAAUAUGUUACUGAUUUAAAAUGUGCAUUAUGAAAACUCUCUGAUGUUAGAUCCUGCUUCUCCCCAUGCAGGUAUUUCACCUGUCUUAUACCAAAGGGAGUAUAGCCAUAUAAGCCAUAUAGUUUUCACUGGUUGUUAUUGAAUUAAAAUAAGCACACAUGCGUUGUAUUGUUCGAAGUCAAUCCCUGAAUUGUUGUAGAUGAAAUGAAGGACUGACUCUUUAACCUUUCCACCACCAACUCUGUGGUCAUAUGGCCGUCUUGUGCUGUCCGAUGGGAAAGAAACACGAGGUUACUGUCUAUCUUAUGUACCUUUCACCCCCACAUGACGUGAAUGCUGCAGCUGAGCUGGUUCUCUGUAGCCUCACUUUGUCUGAGUCUCAAUAAAGUUUAAUGAAGCCACCUUUGCUAAAAUUCCUCUCCUGCAUAAUGCCUUUAGGAUAAAGUUGAUGUGACAUUUUCUGCAGCCCUCAACACCCAAACCGAUAAUUCUAGUUCCUUGCUCCAGUGCAGCAGGUCUCCACUGCCUCUGCUAUCCUUUUUGUAAAUAUUUAUGUUUAACAAUGAGGCAUUUCUCAGCACUUGGACUCCACUUUUCUCCUCUCAUUUUCCCACACUUGGAGCUAGUGAGUGACACUGAAAAGUUUAUAGAACUGAUCCCAUCAUUUUUAAAAGGGUCACAGUGUGUUUUUAGGUGCUAGGAAUAAAAAGCUGAGGGUCCUGAAUUUGUGAAAAUAAACUUUUUGUUGUUUUGUUCUGUUUCAGCUUCAAGACUGCAUUCAAGCAACACUCAGCGACUGGUUUUCCACUUCAAAACUGACAUUCAAGGUAGGUCAGGACAGUUUUUGUUCUCACUCUGAGAUUCUCAUCGUUCACUUUGUUUGAGCUCUCCUGCAUGUUCUUCAAUGAAGCAGAAAUAAAGAAGAAUAAUGUUUAAAGUUCACUGUCAGGUAUAGUCAGACCUGUAGCGGUCAUGUGUUUCCACCACCGUGCAGUCAAGACUCCAGUGCCUGGGAAAAGAAGAUAUCUGUUGUGAUGGACAUCAAAGGAUGCCCUCAGGCUCAAUGAAAAGUAGCUGUCAUGAUGAAUGUUCAUGCAGGGCUGGCUGCCAAAGGCGCCGUUGGAAAUGUGCAUCUGUCCACUGGGAUUGGAAGUGGGAGGCUGGGAGGGGGCACCCGAACUGUGCUUUAGGCUCUCUGUUAGCUGUGAUCAGGGUUUCUGGGCCGUUUUCAAUGAGUGUGUAGUUCUCAUGAAGCUGUCAUGUUCUGAACUGAAUGAAAUCAAGUUUAAAAAGUGCAGCAUUUAAAGUUGUUAAGCAUACUUUAUGCUUAAGCAGCCCUGCUCCAGUAGUUUUGCUAGGCUCAGCUAUUGUGCUUCAGCUGUCAUCACCACAGCCUUUGGGCUCAAAUUGUGGUGGGGGAGGUUUGGGAGCAUUUAACAGUAGUCUAAAAUACUUAAAUACAACCCCUAUCUUUGAUAUCCACAACAAGCCAAUGUCAUAAAUGUGACGUAUUUAGAUUUGCAUAAAUUCAGAACAACAAAAAUAUUUUGUGCAGGCACGCACACAUACACACACGCACUUUGGUACAUGAAUGUGAUAACAGUUUUCCAUUCAAGUCUUAAGUCUGAGUAAGUGAAGGGUUUCUUUGUUUCCUAAACGUCAUAACAGAAAUCUUAACCUUUCUCCUGUGGGACAGAAUCCCAGCUGCUGUCCCUGCCUCAUCCUGUGAGCCACGGUUCGAGCAUGGGCAUUAAAAUAUUAUCCUUUAAAGUCUGCUACAUGAGCUCUACUUUCUUCAUCAAGAGUACACAACAGGGUGUGUCUGAAUAGACAGGAGGAGAGAUACAAGCAAUCCUUUGGCCAAGUCUUUGCUCUUAUUGCAUCUACGCAGUCAGAUCAGAUGUUACAGGGAAUCUGAUUUGGUUUUUGGUCUGGCAGUGCUUCAGAUUCCACAGGGACAUUAAAACCAAGUUCCAGACGAUCACACAGGCAAAUGGAAAUGUUCUGCUUACAUACAAAUGGUAGCUGAUUAGCAUCCACUAUUUUUAACAAUAACAACACAAGUGUUUCUUCUUUACUUGUCAUUUUUUUAAACUUUAAUUUGACAAGGAAACACCUCUUGUGCUAAUGGCAGCCAUUAAAAGUAAGCCGUAAACAAGUUUCAUUGACGUGAGCGAAGAGGUUUAUGAGUGAAACGUAAAAAACGUAAAUGUUUGUUUGGAUGGAGGUUCAUGAAUCACUCUUCUUAGACCUCAAGUAUAAACAGAGUUUUUGGGAACAGUGCAUGUAAACAAAAGUUCAGUUAGUUUCCAAGACAACUCCAAUGAGGGUCAUUAUUUAUGUUAUGCCAGUUGCUCUUUUCUCCUUUAAUUUCUCACACUGUUAACUACUUUAUGACAUUUUACGCCUGAUGCAGCUGAUUUCAUUAUUUUGGACCAGUCAAAGUGUGGUGAACUCAGAGAUGAUGUGCCUUUCUUGUUACACAGGACCUCCCAGAUACGCUGGACUGCUCCAUUCCUCAACCAACAGAUGCGAUCACACCUGAAGAGAGGGAGGAGCUGAAGGUCUCAGGUCUGUACUGGUUCUUGAUUCACAAGACAUACAUGAUUGCUGUAGGGAAACAUUUUAGUUUCAGUUCCCAGCAGCAGUUCUGCUUUUGGGGAUUUUGAGCAAUCGGUUAACCUCUUAAUUUGAAACAGAUGAACAGUAAAUCUGAGGGGUGCAGCACAUGACUGAACUAUGGAUGAACCCAUUUUGGAUUUUGUUCAACAUUUUUUUACUUUUUUUGCAAUAAACAGUGGUGGAUGAAGUACACAAAUUCAUUACUUGGGUCAAACGAUAGACAGUCAUGGUCAAGUAUUGCUCCAGUGAAAGAGAAAGUUGCCCAGUUCAAGUAUUUCUGCGUUCAAAAAUAAUUAACAAUUCAAAUUAAAAGUUUAAAUAAAGUGGAGUACAAGUACUAAGUCUCCCUUAAAAGAAAUACUUAAGUAAAGUACAGAAACUCAAAAACUGUACAUAAGUACUGUAAUGAAAUAAUCUGCUUUCGUUACUGUCCAGCUCCGUGGUUGAAAAUGUCGAGUGACAAACAAAAUAUGUCAGGGAUCAAAGCAACCCUAAAUGAUUUAUGGCUCUGUCACAAAUAAAUCAUGACUGCAAAGUGUGGUGAGUAAUAUUACCAAUGAAUUUGACAAAACACUUUCAGGUAGUGGGUAAAGAUUUGUUUCUGGUUGUCUUGCUUUUACAGUCAAACUGUUCCUCUGUGAGUCGCUUCAGUCUUCUAUCAAAGAUGCCGUGGAGAUGGGUGAGCUUAAAAUCUCAGGAGCAAAAUUUUCAUGUGUCUUAAAACCUUUACAUUUGAUAUGAACUUUUUCUUCCUUUGUCAAUAUCACUUCCUUGUUUAUCUCUCAUAACUAGCUUGUCAGACUCUGGCUGUGUCCCAGCUUGACUCCGUUAUCAUAGCCCCGCCUGGGCCUGUGGAGGGCGACAGUCAGACUUUGUCCCACCUUCAGCCAGCCUGGGAGGAACUGGAAGCUCUAGUCAAGAGCCAGAAAAUUGCCGCUAUAGGCACAUCUGACCUGGACAAAGACCUACUGGAACAGCUCUACAACUGGGCUAAGGUGAGUGAAUAUUCUUGAUAUGUCCCUCAGUUUGUCUUAAAGUUGAAAAGUUGAAAAAAGUUGAAAAGUUUUUAGUGACUUCUCUGUGUAGCCAGAACCUGCCAGAGACGCAACAAUUUGUCAACAUUGUCAACAAAAAGAGUCAUGAAAAAUUUGACUGCAGUGCUUGUAUUUGUACAAAUUUGUAUAGAUCCUUAAAUUGUGUGUGUAUAUCGUGGGACAUUUCAAGCUAUUGAACCACUGAUAGUAAUGGCAGCUUGUGAUGAAGAUGAAGCCACUCACACAGCUCUCCUCUUGUUUUAGGUGAAGCCGAGCAGCAAUCAGGUGAACCUGGCCUCCUGCUGUGUGAUGCCCCCUGACCUGACAGCCUUUGCGAAGGAGUUUGACAUUCAGCUCCUCACACACAACGAUCCAAAGGGUGAAAAAAAACAUUCACUUUCUCUCCUCCGUAUAAAGUACUUUCUCAUGAAGUUUCUCUUUGUGAUUGGUACAUAAAGUGCAGAUUUUCCUUAUCAGGUGUUCACAAUGACAAAAAAUAAGUGAUUGGCUUUGUGAUGUGGUAACCUACUGCCCCUUGUUCACAAAACUACCGAAAGAUGAUUAAAAGAGGCACAGCAGCCCACUGCAGUGGAUCGAACUGCUCAGUUGCCUCUGUAAUUUUAUUCCUCAAGAGAUCUAAACACCUUUUUUUUUAAUCUCCUCAACCACAGAGCUGAUGUCAGGAGCCACAUUCCAGGAGGCAGUGAAGGGAGGCCUUCAGGACCUACAGGAUCAGGACGUCUCUGACUGGAGACUGGAGUGGGUCCUACGCUACUCUAUUAUAGUCAAGAGCAGGGGCAUCAUCAAGGCUAAAGGCUACCUCGUCAGUGCAAGAAAGGCAAGCCCCUAGCGGCCCCCAUUGAUGAAGAAACCAAUGGAUGAAGCCAUUUUCCUCCUGUUUCAUUUUCCCAUACACGACAUCAGAUGAGGCUGCAUCUCGUUCAUCUUUGAUUUCUGUGACUAUAAAAAGCGAGCGCUCAUUACCAUCGUCACUGUGAAUGAAGCAGGGCAGGAAUGUGUAAGAUCAGCUCCAGUGUCAGAUUGAAGAGAUAAGGUGGUGAAAGUUGAAUUAAAUGGAUGACUAGCACACCGACAAAACAACACAGUAGAGGCUGCGUUCAUUUUUAAAAUAGUUGGUUGGGAAGGUUUGGUUUAUCUUUAAAGGGUUCCUGAACAUUUUCAGACUUGAAGUGCCUCCUCUUCUCUUUUCUUCUCCUCUCUUCUCAUCACCAUUUUGUCUCCACUGUGUCUGUUAAAAUCAAGCUUUAAUCACUCAGAAUUCAGAUUUUGGAAGGGUAACAGAUUAGAAGAAAUGAAUUGUUGUUCCCGGUACAGAGUAAUCAAGAAUAUUAUAAAAGUCAGACGUGAUCCGUGAAACUAGAUUGACUUUGCUGUACCUAACACGGUUUGCAUUCCUCUGUUUAGAAAAUGUAUGCACUCACUUGAUUCAUCCCGAUUCUGCUACAUAUGAGAUGUUUAUUUUAUGAUACUGAUAGAAUUAGACUUUUAACUGGUAAACCAACAACUGUUUGAGGUUAUCUGACUUUGUUGUGUCAUGCAUUUUUUUUUCCAACCAUUUGCUGUUUUGGAUGAUGCAUUGAAAUAUUCACCUGCUCCACACUCAUGAGAUUACCUGAGGGCGGGGAGAACAGCAGUACUGACAUGCAGGCCAGGUUUACGCCCUCUAUGCUUUGUUGUUGUUGUAGCACUGGAAACUCGAUGCAAAAGAGGUGUGAACAUUUGUUUACUCUGCAGAAGACAUUUUUAUUUAAGAGACAUGGCUGUUUUUCCAGAUGGGAUUUGGUUAAUUGGACUAAGACAAGUUAUCUGUUGUACUGUAAACAUAUUUUGUCAUCAUGUAUCUGUAUAUCUUGAAUUGGCUUUCUUAAAAUAAUUAAAUUAAACAGUUUGGUGUCAUCUGUUU